CGAAUGAAAACUGUUAAGAGCUGAAUUAUAUACCUAUAGGUCGAGAGCAAUGGACAUGGACGAAAAGAUUGCUAUCACAGGAAUAGGGUGUAGGUACGGCGAUGGGGUGUCAGGAUCCCGAGGAAUUUGGGAGAUGUUAAAGAACAACAGAGAUUGCACAGGUCCACCUCCAGACAAUCGUUUUGAUAAUCCGUUUUUCUUCUACCCCGGUGAAAAGAAAAAGGGUAAACUCUACACUAAGGCCGGAGGCUAUCUAAAACAGAAUCCUCUGAUGUUUGAUCGCCAAUUCUUCAAAAUUUCUCCAGAAGAGGCUAACCACAUGGACCCACAAGUUCGAAUACUUCUAGAAGUCGUAUGGGAAUCUUUAGAAGACGCGGGAAUUCCUGCUUCGAAGUUACGUGGUUCAAACACUGGUGUAUAUAUGGGCGUAACGGCCAGUGAAUACAAUUCACUGACAGGUGUACCACAGAGUAACAUCAGUCAAUACACAAAUUCAGGAACUAACUCCUGCAUGAUUUCUAAUCGUAUUUCUUACGAAUUUGAUUUACGAGGACCCAGCUUUUCUAUCGACACUGCUUGUUCUUCUUCACUAUACGCUGUACAAAUUGCCUGUGAUGCUCUCAGAGGAGGAGUCUGUGACACAGCAAUUGCGGGAGGGGUCAAUAUCAUACUUACGCCUUCCGUUACAAUUGGAUUUUGUCAAGCUGGCAUGCUUUCUCCAGAUGGACAAUGUAAAAGUUUUGACGAGUCAGCUAACGGUUACAGUCGAAGUGAAGGUGUAGGAUCAGUAGUACUAAAACCCCUCAAAAGAGCGAUAGAAGAUGGAGAUAGAAUUUAUGCUGUCAUUCGGGGUGGAGCACUCACAAAUGAUGGACGAACACCUGGAAUUGCAAAUCCAAGCUAUGCUGCUCAAAUUGACCUUGUAGAUAGGGCUUGUGCAGCAGCCAGGGUAAAUCCACUUGAAGUCGCGUAUAUUGAAGCUCAUGGUACUGGUACUCCAGUUGGCGACAGGACGGAAGCGAAUGCUAUUGGUGAAGCCAUGGGCAGGCGACGAUCAGAUGACGCACCACCCCUCUUUAUAGGUUCCAUAAAGUCUAACGUAGGUCAUGCAGAAGGCGCUGCUGGUAUUGCUGGUGUCAUUAAGACAGCUUUGUCACUGUACCAUAGAGAAAUUCCAAGUGUUGUACAUUUUAAAAGUGGUAACCCCAACAUCAAUUUCAAAGAUUUGAAGCUACAAGUCCCUACCUUAAUGACUCCUUGGCCUUCCAGGUCCAAGCUUCUUGCUGGCUGUAGCUCAUUCGGAUUUGGUGGGGCGAACGCUCAUAUUGUCUUUGAAGCACCUCCAUCCGGGCAAUUCCGUAAUAAGCUAAACAGCCUUAGUUCAUUUACUUCUUCUGAAUCCUAUAAUAUGUUAAUGCUCUCAGCAAAGACAACAGAUGCUCUUAAGCAAAUGUAUCUUGAUUGGACAGAAUUUCUAUCUACUCUUGAAUCAGAUCAUAUGUUCCAGAACGUGUUAUAUACUGCUAACAUGAGGACCCAUAAGCAUGUACAAAGAGCAGCGUUUAUAGCAAGGUCUAGAGAGGAGCUUCUGACACUGCUCCGCAUGAAAGUAAACGGUGAAAGUUCUGACACCAUAAUUGACGGCAAGGCACCAGAAGGCAACGCUAUUAACAGAACCGUGUUUGUCUUUUCCGGUAUGGGUACUCAAUGGUGGGCCAUGGCUAGACAGCUGAUGAACGCAUGUCCUAUUUUCAGCAACGUAAUACAGUUAUUAGACGAAUAUCUUCGAAAAAACGGUGCGAAAUGGUCACUGGUUUAUAUGCUGUCAAAGGAAACUGCAGAAAACAAGAUUAUUAAAGAUACAGAAAUUUCUCAAAGCUGCAUAUGUUGUGUUCAGAUCGGAUUAGUUGAAUUGUACAAGCAUUAUGGCAUAAUACCGAGCGCAAUCAUUGGCCAUAGUGUUGGAGAGGUUGCUGCUGCCUAUACCGCGGGACUUCUGACUAUGUCCAGUGCUGUUAAAAUCAUCUUUAAAAGAGGACAUCUUCUCAGGAAAACAAGCGGUUCAGGAACUAUGGCUGCAGUUCUUCACGAUGUCGAAAAUGUUAAAGAACGCCUGGAAUCUAUUCACACAGAUAUAGACGUAGCCGCUAUAAACAGUCCUUCACAAAUCGUACUUUCUGGCAAAAUGGAGUCUAUCAAAGCGCUUAUUUCUAAACUGAAUGAAGAUGGAAUCCAGACAAGACUCUUGAAGGUAAAUAAUGCAUUCCACAGUCGUCAGCAAGAGAUUCUUAAGAAAGAAUUCUUUAAAAAGGCAAGUUUUCUAAAUAAUGCCAAGUCCUCAAAUGAGCAAAGGCCUCUUAUUCCAAUGAUGUCAACUGUAAAUAACAGUUAUCUAACUCUCCAAGAGGCUAAUGAUCCUGAUUACUGGUGGUCCAAUAUCCGCCAACAGGUGCAAUUUAGGGGAGCAGUAGAAUCUGUACUUAAAGACGGUUACAAUAGCUUUCUCGAAAUAGGAGCACAUCCGGCAUUGUCACCUGCAAUCAAAGACAUUAUUGCAUCCAAGACAAACAAACCAAUCAUCCACUUCAUCGCACAUUCUCUUAAAAGGCCACGUGAUAUAAGCUCUCCCGCCAAUGAUAUUCUUAAUUUCAAUAUAUCACUGGCACAGAUGUGUGUGAACGGUUACCCAAUUGACAUGAGGCCAUACUUUGACGGUCAUAACUGUAAAGUAGAAUCGCUACCAUUGUAUCCAUGGCAACGUGUGAAAUGUUCAGCAACAACUACCGCAGCCGAUACAAAAUUGCGUUUUCCUGGUUUUUGCCAUUCCCUUCUCGGUGAACCAGAGACAUCUGCAAACUAUUCUCAAAGUACAAAUCUUCGUGUAUGGAAAUCAACCAUUGGAACUGACAAAGAACCAUGGAUUGCUGACCACGUCGUCCAGAAUAGUAUAGUUUUUCCUGCUGCUGGAUUUAUAGAGACAGCAAUUGCUGCACACCAUAUACUUUUUGCGUCCGCUUUAAGUGUCGUUAUAAAAGAUCUCCAUUUUGACCGUUUUCUUUUUGUUUCUGAGGCCGGUACUCUUGUGGAAACAACUACUGAGAUGGAAUCUAAUGGAAGAGCAAUGUUUACAUUUAGUUCAUUCAAUGCAAUAGAAAAGAAGUGGACGAAACAUUCAACAAUGAAUUUAAAAUCGAGUAUAAACACAUUUGAAGAACAGACCGAACAGAAGUAUCUUUCAGUCAACAAUAUCAUAAAUCGAUGCACUGGUAUACUUGAUAAGCCUGCUUUUUAUACUAACAAGAAGCAAGUUGGUUUCAAUCUUGGAGAAAGUUUCAUGUGCAUCGAGAAGGCACAUUUUAGUCCAGUGGUUGAUGAGGCACUCAUUCACAUUCGUGCACCAGACAAGGUAGUUGCACAGUCCAAUCGUUUCUACAUCCACCCAGCCCUCCUCGAUGGCAUACUUCAGGGAAUGGCUGGAAUUGAACGAGAAAGAACGAAGACUUUAAAUCCCAACGCAAAACCUGAGGGCCGUGUUCCUAGAUCUAUCGAGAAAGUUCACUUCAGAAAAUCAAUAUUUCCAGAAAACGUGUAUCUUCACUUUAUCAUAACAAGUAACGGAGAGGAUGUGUAUUCAGAUGUUUAUAUUGCCGAUGCAGAUACUUAUGAGGUAAUAGGUAAAUUUGAUAAAAUACGUUUUGGAUCCGUCGGUGGUCGCAGUGAAUACAAACAACUUAUGUUAUUGGAGAAGAAAUGGGUUCCAAUAGAAAUGGAUAUGAAACCAUUCGAUACAACUGGUCUGACAUUAAUAACUGGAUAUGACGAUGUGCUGUCUGCUCAGAUGAAUAACACACUGAUGUCAGUCGGAGUUCAAUCCAAGAUACAAAGGUUUGGAACUACUCAGUUUGAGCAGUUAGACUUAGAGAAUGAACCACUAUCAAAUGUUAUCAUCACUGUUAAACCUGACAACAUAAACAAAAUUCACAAAAUUUCUAAAGAAGAAUUUUUGGAAGAGCAGUCUCACAUGGCGACGAUGUGCAUCAAUUUGUACAAAACUCUAUCCUCUACUAGAAAUUUAAGUCCAAAUGUAUGGCUUAUUACAAGAGAUGGAUUUCCUGCCACGAAAGAUGAUGCGGUCGAUCCUCAACAUGCCUCAGCAUUUGGGUUUGGUCUUGGUGUGAUGCAAGAAGAUCUAAACUUCAAGCUAUCUAUACUAGAUAUUCCAUCAGAUGUCGAUACAGUAGCUGCAGCAAAUUGGUUAUUUGAAUAUAUUUGGAAAAGAGACAAUGGCCAAAAACUCGUUGCCCUGCGUAAUUAUUCAAAUAACCUAACUGGUGAUUUCACCACGUAUUGUCUUCGCCUGUUUGUAAGUGACAGCGGAUCAUUUCCUUACAAACACUCAUCCAACAAAUGGAAGGUGGAAGUUGGCCAAAGCAUGAAAACUGGAAGACUCUCACUAGUAACCUGUAUCGCAGCAGAGGAAAGCAAAUCUGCUCAAUUCACAACUAUAAAUAUUGAAUCCUUUCAGCUAAUUAGACCUGCCACGUCUGAAACCUCCUCUACAGAAAUACAUCAGGUUGCUCUGUUUUGUGGACAUUCAGAACAAUCUAAGCUAGUAAUGGGUGUUUGUUCAUCCAGAGACUUACUGUAUAAAGUGCACUGUAAUCAUAAUGAUAUAAUUGACAUUGAUAGCAAACUUCCUGCGUCACAAAUUAUAAAUAUUGUCACAUCCUAUUUUGUUCCAUAUAUGGUUGUUCGUGACAUACAGCCAGAUGGCACGACCAUCGUAUGUAUGACAUCCAAUGAAGAUACACGAGGUUUAGCAGUUGCACAAAUAGCUCUAGAGCUAAACCACAAUGUUGUCGUUGCCGUCAAAGACCUAUCUGUCACAAAUGGAAUUCACUUGAAUUCAGAUCGUUCAGUAACCAUUGUUGACGGUAAAGAGUUAAUGAGAGUUUUGCAAAAGCAAAGCGUUGGCUGUGUAAUCGGGUCUGAAGGCUAUGUAAGAGAAAUAUUAAAAUCUAACAGAGGAAUGAAGGAGAAGAUGAGACCUUUCGCUACAAUAGAAAUGCUCGAUUCAUAUAAACACGUUUGUCGUAAAAAUAACCUAGGGCUGCCUGUAAAUGCAAGAGUUGUUAUAAAGAAUUAUGAACUGUCAUUGAUUGAAGGAUUUCAAGAAUUGAAACCUUUUAUAAAAAAGUUAUUACAUAUUUUUGAAAAGCCUUCUUUAGUGUAUCCUGUACCAGACGUCAUCCCCCGGACAAUAUCUUUAAAAGAAGUAGAAACUCAAGAUAAUACUUCCCUCAGUAAUGUCACCUUUUCAGUUGAUAGCAAUGACGUUCCUGUAAAUUAUAGUUUUGCUGGUGGUGAGAUUAAAUUUAGUAUGCAAGAAUCUUACAUCGUUACCGGUGGGACAAAAGGAUUUGGUUUGUGUCUUGUAGAAUGGCUAGCAAACAAUGGUGCUGGUUCUGUUGCCAUCUUAAGUAGAUCCGUGGCAGAUGCUUAUGCCGAGAAGAAGCUAGCCUGUCUGAGAAAGCGUGGAACAAAAAUAGUUCAUAUUAAAACUGAUAUCACAGACAGGUCGGAUGUAGAACGUGCUUUCGAAACCGUCGUAAAUGAUUUGUCUAAGUCAUUAUCUGGAAUAUUUCAUUGUGCCGCGCAAUAUGACGACAGGCUACUCAAAGACACCACACAAGAAGAUUGGAAAAAAGUGAUAGCUGCAAAAUCAUGGGGUGCUCUGUUACUGCAUCAGACCUCAACCAAGUUUAAUGUGCAGCUGAAAUACUUCGUCAUGAUUUCAUCUUUGGUUCAGUUGAUAGGGAAUACUGGCCAAGCCAAUUAUUGUGCAGCCAAUACCUAUCUUUCAUCUCUUGGUCAUUUUCGUAGAAGUAAAGGUUUGGCCGCAACUGUUCUUUGUCCAGGAAUCAUCCGAGAUACUGGAUUUGCAGCUAGAAAAGCAGAACUUGUUGAUUAUUGGGAAAGGAGAGGAGUUGGGAGUUUAAAAGCAGUACAGGUAUUGGAUGGACUUGGAGUUAUACUUCUAUGUUCUGUUUCUGAAAUUGGUAUAUGUGGGCAAUUCCGAGUCAAUGAUUUUAUUAUAGAACAUAGAGGUCUUUUGAAGAAUUAUACAUCUGGCACCGACAGGAGAGGUUUAAUUGAAGUAGGGUUCUCUUCCUCAAAUUCACUAAAUGCGUCUGAAGAUGAAAGCAAUCUCAAUCACCUAAAGCCAGAGGAAGCUAAAUCUUUUAUUUUUCAGACACUUUGUGGAAUCAUUUCGAAGCGUGUUGGCUUAACUAGUGAAAUAUCGCCAGAUUCGUCCCCUUCUUCCAUUGGAGUCGAUUCGUUAAUGUCAACUGAAUUGAGCGGAGACAUUCAGAAACUUUUUGCAGUUCCAUUUUCACCAAUGGAAUUGAUGAAUGCAAAUGUGACGAUUCAAGCAUUGUCAAUGUUAAUUUACAAACGAUUUCUAGCAAAAGGUAAUUUUGAAGGACACGAAAACAACGAAGAAGACGAAGAAGACAUGUCUUGGAAAGCUUGGUUUAUUUUAGAUGAGAAAGUCACUUCUCCAGAAAUCCAGCUAAUUUGCUUUCCUCCCAAUGGGGGUGGUCCGUCUGUAUAUGCAAGGUGGCAAGAAAAAAUGAGAAAGUACAAGGUUCAGUUAAUCAUGGCGCAACUUCCCGGAUGGGAAGGACGCUACCUUGAGAAACCUCUUCAGACAAUCGAAGAAAUAACCAGCCAGCUUUCUGGUCAUCUUGUUCCUAGGCUAAUUCCUGGUAGAUUUGUAUUAUUUGGCCAUAGCCUCGGUGGACUGAUUGCAUUCGAAGUUGCUCAUCUGCUGAAGGAAAGAGGUUUACAUCCGGCCCACGUCAUCAUCAGUUCCUGGUACGCCCCAACGUUAGGUUAUCCUAACGUAAUUGAGCUUGAAAAAGCUCCAAGUGCAUUACGACAAAUGGAACAAGACAUCAAGAACAAAAUUCCACUUACCGAUAAUAAAUCUUUGAGGCUUUCGUUUCUUGAUGAUAAUUUGUUGGCCAACGCUGAACUGAUGAGACGUCUUAUUCCUUGUUUUCGAGUAGGCUUUAAAAUUUGCCAAAAAUAUAGCAAUACCCACAAAACUAAACUUCAAUGUGGAAUGACCGUGUUCGGCGCCAGGUCUGAUCGAUUUGUUUCACCCACCUUUCUAGACGACUGGCGUCUGGAGAUUGAACCAAGUCGUAGUUUCAAGAAAAUCCUAUUUUCCGGAGGCCACAUGCACGUUACGUCAGCAAACAAAAAGUUUAUUUUAGAACUACAGAUUGCCCUAAAAAGUGCUUUCAGUGCCUAAAUUAUGAAUCUUGCGAUAAAUUAAUAAUUCUUAAAAUUAUAAAUUUAGUGUUUUUAAUUUUUAAAGUUCUGUUUUUAUGUAAUUACAAUUAUAGAAUAUUACGCUACAUAAAAAGAUUUGUUUGGUCAUUUUUUAAAUUAAUAGAUUUAUAAAAGAGUGAGAGAUUGCUUACAAUAUUUUACAGAUUUACUUCUUUGUGUACACAAUUAAUAGCCACGACAUUAACAUUAACAUUAACGAAUGAAUGACGUCAUUAUUAAGGCAGUUUUAUGUGUAUUGAUAUUUCCAUACUAUAUUACAAUGCUAUUUGAAGUUAGAGCAUAGAAAAUUUUAGACGAUAAAGAUGUAUUCACCUCUUAAAUUUAAAUAACUAAUAACAUUCUUAAAUUCGUAUACAUUAUACGUACACAUUAGCUUUGUACUCUAGCUGUUCGUUUUAAAUUGUACAGCAUAAAAGUAGUUCAUUUUAUAGCCCAUUGUCUUUUAAUUAAAUCAAUCAAUAAAUUAAUAAAUCAAUCCCAAGGAAGUUUAUUCAGGUUAUACUGGCAUUCGGACCACAAAAAAAAUACAAAGCAAACAGCAAAAAGGAUAAUUUUUGUUUUAUUCUAUGCUAAAUGUAGAAUAUAAUUAUUUUACAGAUAUAUUUUUUGUAUACUUUUUUGUGUACACAAUUAGUAGCCACGACAUUGACUCAAAAUUCCAUAAAAGAAUGAAUGACGUCAUUAUUAAGGCAGUUAUAUGUGUAUCGAUAUUUCCAUACUAUAUUACAAUGCUAUUUGAAGUUAGAGCAUAGAAAAUUUUAGACGAUAAAGAUGUAUUCACCUCUUAAAUUUAAAUAACUAAUAACAUUUUAAAAUUCGUAUACAUUAUAAGUACACAUUAGCUCUGUACUCUAGCUUAGUAAUGUUCGUUUUACAUUGUACAGCAUAAAAGUAGUUCAUUUUAUUAUUCUCUUUUAAUUAAAUCAAUCAAUAAAUUAAUCAAUCAGUCCCAAGGAAGUUUAUUCAGGUUAUACUUGCAUUCGGACCACAAAAUAAAUACAAAGCAAACAGCAAAAAAGUUUUUUUUUUUAAUUCUAUGCUAAAUGUAGAAUAUAAAUUAAUUGAAAGAAAUUGAUUUUAUUUCAGUAGAUAAGCAUUGUACCGUUUAAACCAUUGUAAUUUGUUUUUUAAUUACUAUAUAACGGUCAAACCAAAAUUAAAUUUGUCUUGAAUUUUACACUUUAUGUGUUUUUAAAAAAAUUAUGUUUUAAAAAGGAUUGUGAUGUUUAAUAUCUUUAAAAUUUUAUUAAGAUUAUAAAUGAAUAAGUUUUGUCUAAAUCAAAUCGAAAAUGUAUAGCAAACUUAAAUUUUAUUAGUCGUUAAGUUACUU